GCUUCUCAUACGGUCGCGGUUGUUUUCAGAGAAGAGACAACAAAGAUGAACAAAAAGUUUGGGGGGAUGAAACCGACGGGAACUCCGUCUCUAGCGUUGUCAACUUUCGUCGUUGUAGCUUCACUGCUCGCCGGAGCCUCCGUUGUACACAAUUUAUACAAGCCAGAUCUCACAUUACCGCAGAUAGAAAGUGAUGAAGUAGACAAGAAGUAAGAAUCUGGAAACAAAGAUUAUAAUCUUUCUUCUUGUCGUUUCUGGUUAGUUACAUGUCUGGUUUUUUCUUUUAAAUACUUCAAAACUCCUUUGGGUUCGGGGGUUAUGUCUUUGAGACCUUUUUUUCUGUUAUGCAAUGAAUAAGUCCACUUUGUGGUCAACUACUUUGUGAUCCAUCCAAGUGUAUGUGAUUGCAACUUUGCAGUUUACAUGACUAAAAGGCGAUUCC